GAGCUAUUUUGAAAGUGACCCUGGGCUGGGGCGCCGGGGCGAGCGCGGCGGCGCGGAACCAUGACAGAAGAUGACCGAGGCGGCGCUGGUGGAGGGCCAGGUCAAGCUGCGGGACGGCAAGAAGUGGAAGAGUAGGUGGCUGGUGCUGCGCAAGCCGUCGCCCGUGGCAGACUGCCUGCUGAUGCUGGUCUACAAGGACAAGUCGGAGCGCUCCAAGGGCCUGCGGGAGCGCAGCAGCCUGACGCUACAGGACAUCUGCGGGCUGGAGCCCGGCCUGCCCUACGAAGGCCUGGCCCACACGCUGGCCAUCGUCUGCCUGUCCCAGGCCGUCAUGCUGGGCUUCGACAGCCACGAGGCCAUGUGUGCAUGGGACGCCCGGAUCCGCUAUGCGCUAGGCGAGGUGCACAGGUUCCAUGUGACAGUGGCUCCAGGCACCAAGUUGGAGAGCGGCCCGGCCACCCUGCACCUCUGCAAUGACAUCCUGGUCUUGGCCAGGGACAUCCCCCCGGCUGUCACGGGGCAGUGGAAGCUGUCCGACCUCCGGCGCUACGGGGCCGUGCCGAGCGGAUUCAUCUUUGAAGGCGGGACCAGGUGUGGGUACUGGGCUGGUGUCUUCUUCCUGUCCUCGGCCGAGGGGGAGCAGAUCAGCUUCCUGUUCGACUGCAUCGUCCGAGGCAUCUCCCCCACCAAGGGCCCCUUUGGGCUGCGGCCGGUUCUCCCAGACCCAAGUCCCCCGGGACCCUCGACUGUGGAGGAGCGCGUGGCCCAGGAAGCCCUGGAAACCCUGCAGCUGGAGAAGCGGCUGAGCCUCCUCUCGCAUGCGGGCCGGCUGGGCAGUGGAGGGGACGACCGCAGCCUGUCCAGCUCAUCCUCAGAGGCCAGCCACUUGGACGUCAGCGCCAGCAGCCGGCUCACCGCCUGGCCAGAGCAGUCCUUGUCGUCGGCGAGCACGUCGCAGGAGGGGCCUAGACCAGCAGCUGCCCAGGCCCCCGGGGAAGCCAUGCUGGGUGCCUCAAGGCCACCCCCCAAGCCACUGCGGCCACGGCAGCUGCAGGAGGUCGGCCGCCAGAGCUCCUCGGACAGCGGCAUUGCCACUGGCAGCCACUCCUCCUACUCCGGCAGCCUCUCGUCCUAUGCGGGCAGCAGCCUGGACGUGUGGCGGGCCACGGACGAACUGGGCUCACUGCUCAGCCUGCCAGCAGCUGGGGCGCCUGAGCCCAGCCUGUGCACCUGCCUGCCUGGGGCCGUCGAGUACCAGGUGCCAACCUCCCUGAGGCCCCACUAUGAUACACCACGCAGCCUCCGCCUGGUUCCCAGGGACCACAGCCCCGCCUCGCAGGGCAGCCCCGGCGACGGUGCGGCCGGGGACUCAGGCGGCCAGACGUCCGCUGGGUGUCCCUCUGGCUGGCUGGGCACAAGACGGCGGGGCCUGGUGACGGAGGCCCCCCAGGGCAGCGAGGCCACACUGCCCAGCCCGGCCCCCGGCGAGCCCUGGGAAGCAGGCAGCCCCCACGCGGGGCCAUCCCCGGCUUUCUUUUCGGCAUGUCCAGUCUGUGGAGGACUCAAGGGAGUGGCCGCCUCAGCCUCGGGACCCGCGACAGCACAUUCAGGAUCCCCAGGACCCGUGGCUGUGGACAGCCCAGGGCCAGAGAGGCCACGCGGCGAGUCACCUGCUUACGUGAACAUCCCCGUCAGCCCCUCCUCCAGGAAGCAGCUGCACUACAUGGGCCUGGAGCUCCAGGAGGCCAGCGAGGGGGUCCGAGGGGCCAGCGCCUCCCUCUACGCCCAGAUCGACAUCACGGCCACUGAGAUGGCGCACAGAGUGGGAGCGCAGCACGCACGGGCCCGGGAGGAGCAGCUCUCAGAGCUGGAGCAGAGGAAGGCAGCCCCGCAGUGAGGCUGCAACGCCAGGAGCUGACCGCAAACCCGGCCCCCGGGCCGCCCUGCGGCCCCCAGCAGGCCGGCCCCUUCUGUUGGCCGUCGCCUGGUCCCCAGGGAGCCCCAGUCACCGGAGGGGGCAUGGCCGGUCUCCGGGCCACAAUGCGAACAGGAAGAAGUCUCCAGGACCCACAGCCAGGCCUCCCGCCUCACGGGUGGUGGGGGUGGACCCUUCCUUUGGCCUGAAUGAGUCGCUCUGGACCCCAGGCCACCUGAGGCCCCGCUUCCAGGCAUCAGGCAGCUCUGGUUGCUGUUGCGCGUCUCAGGCGGAGGCCGCUGCCCAGGAGUGUUUGGGAGCAUGGUUUGUGGUGCCUGGGAUGCAAAUCGCCCUCUCCCUGGGGGUGACUGCACGGAUGACAGCCGUGUCCUGGCAAAAUGCUCAUCGCUUCACCUGGGUGUUGUGGCCCUGCAGCGCCAGGACCCAGUGCCCGCUCACACUGUUGGCACCACGUCCACUCCCGAGACUGCCGGCUCAGACACUUCCAGCGUCCCCUCCCUGCCUCCCGGCUGUCCUGCCUGGGCCACCGCAGCCCUGCGCCUGGGGACGGAGCCUGGACUCUCCCAGCCGCCUGACUGCUGCACUUCUUGGGACACAUUAGUCAGUCAUGUAAAGAGC